UGUCAAUCUGUAACCUUUUAUCCGUGUACUCCCCAGAGGAAGUUACAUGGUGGUUUCCUGACUCGACCAUCUGACUUUUUUAUAUCUCUAUCUACUGUGUAACUGCAGCUUAGUUCGAUAACAACGCCCCCAUUUCCCAAAUGAAAGUAAAACAGAGUUGCAAAGCAAUAGUAAUUACUUGAGAGAACGAAUAUAAUAGCAUACUCAGCCCCUCGUGAUCUCAUAAAAAACUUUUUAAGAGUGGCAAACUGAUCCCACACAAUUCACCACGUAAAAGCCAUGUCACUCCCUCCUACGGUAUCUGUGGACUUCCUCUGCCUCCUAUGUUCUUUGCGUCUCCAUGUUAUUGCCUAAAAAGUUAUUUCAGAGAGAGAACUUAAUAACCAUGGAGAUUAAGUUUCUGCUGCUGCUUGCAAUCUUUAUAUGGGCAUGGUCAAGCUCUUUGUCUUUUACAACAUCCUGUGAUGAUGGGUUACUAAGAAUUGGUCUAAAGAAGCGACCAUUAGACCUUAAGAGAAUAAAUGCUGCAAGCAUCGCCAGGGGGGAAGUUUCUGAUCCUCCACCACAAGGUCUAAGAGAUGAAAAUAUUAAUUUGUAUACUACGCACGCUGAAAUUGUAUAUUUAAAGAAUUACCUUGAUACCCAGUACUUUGGAGAGAUUGGCAUUGGCUCGCCCCCACAAACCUUGACUGUUGUCUUUGAUACUGGAAGCUCCAAUCUUUGGGUCCCAUCAUCAAAAUGCAUUUUUUCUCUUUCUUGCUAUUUCCACUCCAAGUACAGGUCUAAACUAUCCCGUACAUACACUAAGAUAGGACUACCUUGCAAAAUUCCUUAUGGUUCUGGACAUAUUUCCGGCUUCUUCAGCCUUGAUAAUGUCAAAAUUGGGGACGUUGUCAUCAAAGACCAAGAAUUUGUUGAGAUUACAAGGCAAGGAUUUUUGACAUUCUUAGCUACGAAGUUUGAUGGGAUUCUUGGACUUGGAUUUCAGGAUAUUGCUAUUGGCCAAGCCACGCCAGUAUGGUAUAAUAUGGUGGAGCAAGGUCAUAUGGCCCAGCAAAUUAUCUCUUUCUGGCUGAACCGGGACCCAAAGGCAAAGGUGGGGGGUGAAAUUGUGUUUGGAGGUAUUGACUGGAGGCACUUUAGGGGAGACCACACGUACCUCCCGAUCACUCGAUCGGGUUACUGGCAGAUUGAAGUGGGAGAUAUUAGUAUUGAAGAUAUUUCUACAGGCUUGUGUGAGACUGGUUGUGCUGCCAUCGUGGACUCAGGAACAUCCUUUCUUGCCGGUCCAACUGCUAUUGUGGCUCAAAUCAACCAUGCCAUUGGAGCAGAAGGAUUUGUAAGCUUGGAAUGUAAAAAUGUUGUUUCAAACUAUGGAAAUAUGAUAUGGGAUUAUUUAAUAUCAGGGGUACGGCCUGAAGUAGUCUGUGUAGAUCUUGGACUCUGUUUGAUUAAUGGAUCUCAUCAUGUGAGUAAUCAUAUUGAAACAGUGGUUCAAAAUGAAACUCGGAAGGGGUCGCCAGUUGGUGAAAGUCCUUUGUGUACUUUCUGUGAGAUGCUUGUCCUCUGGUUUCAAGUACAGCUUAAACAACAAAAAGCAAGGGAUAAAGUAUUCAAAUUCGCAGAUGAGGUGUGUGAGAGGCUCCCAAAUCCCUUUGGAAAAUCGUUUAUCAACUGUGAUAGGAUUGCGGCCUUGCCGAAUGUCACGUUCAUGUUAGGGAACAAAUCCUUCCCCCUAUCUCCAGAUCAGUAUAUACUUAGAAUCGAAGAAGGCUGUUCCACUGUCUGCCUCAGUGGGUUUGUUGCUUUGGAUGUACCUCCUCCACAAGGUCCUCUUUGGGUUCUUGGAGAUUUGUUCUUGGGAGCAUAUCACACAGUGUUUGAUUAUGGCAAUCUCAGGGUAGGAUUUGCAAAUGCUGCAUAGUAAUCCUUUUAGAUCUCCACGUUGUUUUUUGUCUGUAAAUCGUUCAGGUUAAUAGAAACUAGAAAGCCAAUAUUCCAGUGGGGUGUAAAAAUAUGAUAGUGGGCUAAAUGUUUUAUUAGGUCCUUUUCACCUAACAGUAUACACAGGGCCUUGUGUAGAAAUAAAUGUGGGUAUGAAUAAGAUGUGUUAGAGCAUUUUGUAGAAGUAUUUUGAUAUAUGAAUAAUAAGGCAAGCAAAUUUGCUUGCAAACAACUUUUAUA